GAAGAGGGAGGCUGCUAAUACCCGCAUGGUGGAGUACUCCAAGCCCACCUUCUCUGUUGCUUCGGUGGCCUGGGUCCGAAAGAAAAUCGCCAAUCUAUGGACAGUCUUUGUGAAAGAGAACCACAAGGUGGAGGAGUCCAAGAGGUCAGGGGCCGGUGCAGACAAGGUGUAUGUGCCGCAACUGUGAUACUACAAAGAUCUCAACUUCCUCCUGGAGAAAAGGUCAGCUAAGGAGUCCCUGGUGGUGAUGGCAGAGUUCGAGGAGGGAAGUCUGGACAUGGAGGAGGCCGAAGGGACACCUGAAGAAGACCUCAGCCGUACCCCUGCCCUCAUCAACACCUCCCCAGUGGAACCAACCUCUCCACAGCGACAGACUGGCAGGAGGAAGCCAAGGAAAACAAAAUUUGUAGAAGACCCUCUACUAUUGGAGGCCUGUUCACAGCUGCUAUGGAAACCGGAUGAGUUUGAUGACUUUGCAUCAUAUGUGAGCAAAUCUAUGCGAAAGGUUUCUGCGCAGCAGCAGGUAGAGUGCCUGUGCCUGGUGUCACAGGUUUUGUACCAAACACUCUCAGGGCAACUGACACCAGAGUGUAACGUGCAUGGGCCAGAACCUCAAGCACCUGCUCCUCAUCUCCUAUUGACCUUCAGUUCACCACCACCCACCUACCCUACAUCUACUACUCCGCACCCCAGCUACCAUUCCGGUUAUCCGCAACCGCAGGCCCAAUCCAACUACCCUUCCUCCACUUUCCAUCCUCCUCAAACCCCUCCUCAUCAAACCAGCCACCCUCCAUGUUUUCGUCAACCCCCACCCCCAUCCACCCACCCUUCCCCCACUUUCCAAUCUCCUCCUCAAACCAGUUACCCUUCCCAAGCCAGCCACACAUCCACCAUCUCCUCCGCAAUUUUGACCUGCUUGAUGUCACAGGGGGGACAAAAGGAGGAGGAGGAGGAGGAGACAAGUCUCUUUGAAAUGUAGGGUGAUUCUCAAUUACUGGUGCCCAUACCAACAGAUGUGGUGCAGUCUGAUACUACGGUGAGU